AUGAACUCCACUGAUAAGCUGCAAGCAUUGCAGGCAGUCUCCGAUGAGGCCGCGACAAAAGCCUCCGACGAAUUGAGGAGCAUAAACUGGGAUAUUCACUCUCAUCCAGAGCUACUCUUUCAUGAACAUCAUGCCCAUGAUGUAUUGACAGCAUAUCUGGAGCAGCGAGGUUUUGAAGUCCAGCGGGCAGCGUUCGGCCUGGAAACGGCUUUCACGGCUUCUUACGGAUCAAAGGACGGGCGCGCCGUGGCCAUAAAUCUCGAAUAUGAUGCACUGGAGCUGAUUGGGCACGCCUGCGGCCAUAAUUUGAUAGCCUGUUCGGGGCUAGCUGCUGCGAUUGGAGUCGCCGAGGCAAUCAAGGAUGGAAAAGUCAAAGGCCGUGUGGUUGCGAUAGGGACACCUGCAGAAGAGGGUGGCGGCGGCAAAAUCAAGAUGAUCCGAGCAGGCGCGUACGAUGGCAUAUUCUGCUGCCUGAUGGUGCACCCUAUGCAGAAGAAUAAUGCCUACGUAUCGACCAUGUGUGGAUCCGAGUUGACUAUCGAGUAUAUUGGCAAGCCAGCACAUGCAAUGGUCGCACCAUUCGACGGCAUCAAUGCGCUAGACGCUGUGACGUUACUGCAGACCAGCAUUGGACUGCUCCGACAACAGAUCAUGCCCUCUGAUCGCAUACGAGGCGUUGUUUUAAGCGCCGGGCAGCGAUCUGGAGUGAUUCCCGCCUACGCCAAGGCACGAUAUUGCGUGCGGUCAGCCAAUCUGGAGCGAUACCGAGUCCUGAAGCAGAAGUUCAUCAACUGCAUGGAGGCAGCGGCCUUGGCGACAGGCUGCGAGUUAAAGACGGACUGGCUCCCGGCGUAUUGGGACGUUCGCACCAACGAAAUGCUGGCUGCAAAGUAUGUUGAACAUAUGGAGCGUCAGAGCGUGCCUCAUCGCACGGCUUUCGAGCAGAAAGCCGACCGGGACUGCUUCAGCACUGAUAUGGGCAACGUAACAUACGUUUGCCCUAGCAUCCACCCUACCUUCGAGGUCGUCAGCCCCAGUGGUUCUAUACAUACUGCAGACUUUGCGGCUGCUGCAGGGACUCAAGAUGCGCACGAUCGAUCACUCAAGUGUGGUAGGGCAAUGGCGGCGACAGCGCUGCAGGUUAUGAUUGAUGAUGAAUUCGCCACCGCAGUAAGAUCUGAGUUCGAUGCUCACGACUGGACGAUUGCGUCCGAUCCUACCGUGCAAUAA